AUGGGUGGUUUUUGUCGGGGUUUAGACUUGUCGCAGACCUAUCUGUCAGUCGCCCGUAAUCUAUCCUUAUCCUUGGCUUGGAUGAGAUAUCUUCAUGGCAUCUAUCAUGAAGUAUUCCCGAGUAAGGCGUAUCUCAUACGCUUGUUUGAACCGUUGGAUUGGUUGAACACAAGGAAAAGUAAUUGGUUGAUAAUGUCACAAGAGAGUCGUAUUUACGUUGGUAAUCUUCCUACGAGUGUUCGUGCGAAAGACGUCGAGGAUAUUUUUUCGAAGUACGGUAAAAUCGUUUUUGUGGAUCUCAAAGACAGACGUCCUCCAUACUUCGCAUUCGUUGAAUUCGAAGAUGCUCGUGAUGCAGAAGACGCAGUGAGAAGUCGUGAUGGGUACGACUAUUAUGGUUAUCGUUUGAGAGUGGAAUUUCCGCGAGGAGUCGGACCUCGUGGUCCAGGUGGAAGACCACUUUAUGAUCGUGGUGGCAGCAACGGUGGAAGUGCGUCAAAACGAGAAAGCAGAGAAGGUGGAAACAGAGAAGGUGGACGUAGUGGCGGCAGCGGCGGUCGUAGAACAAACUAUCGUGUAUUGGUUAGCGGUUUACCAGUGUCAGGUUCAUGGCAAGAUCUGAAAGAUCACAUGCGCGAGGCUGGUGAUGUCUGCUAUGCGGACAUAUUGCGUGACGGCACCGGAGUGGUUGAGUAUUCUCGACUAGACGACAUGAAGUAUGCAAUUCGCAAAUUGGAUGACACUAAAUUCAAGUCGCAUGAGGGUGAGACGUCGUAUAUACGCGUACGUGAGGAUGAGGGUCAUGAACGCAGUGGAUCGGCAUCACGCCAUCGGUCUCGAUCACCGGUGGGUCGUGUCACUAGAGGAUCACCACAGUACAGUCCUCGUCAGAGUCGCAGCCGCAGUCGCAGUCAUAGUGCAAGUCGCAGUUUGAGUCGUUCAGCAUCACCAGUCUAG